UUGAAAAGACAGCUAGCGGAAAAGGCGGAGAGGUGUGAGUGUUGUUGACAAAUACGUGCACGCCAGUCCACUUCAGAGCUCCACACUUCAUCCCGCGGGCCUGUAAGGAAUGACACACAUGUAACAGAGGCAGGAGAAGAUGUGAGGAAGCCGCCGGCACACAAUAUAGAGCGUGUCAGAAAGAAGGGCAGCUACAGGAGGUUGAAGAGUGACUGGCGAGUGACUACCGGGGUGUCUUGCAUGGAUAUCGAUAUUUGGAGGAGUCACAUUGCCCUCCCACACCUGCUGAACACUCUGGUGCAGGUGGUGAGGGGGGAAGAGGCAGUGGUGGGUGGGAGGAGUGUGUCUCAGGACCAGCUUGAAGACAUCCUCCCUCACCUGUGCCUCUCACUGCCCACAUGCAGCCUCUCCUGUGCUGACCUUCUGCACUCCUUGCCUGAUGACAGCAGUGUUUGGGGUGAACUGGAGGCAGCGUUGGUCAGCAAGAAGCUUCUCCAUUGUGACAUCACCUCUGUCCUGUACCUCCGCCACUGCCCUGCCUUGGAGCGAGAGGCGCUGCGUGUGCUGGAGCUGUAUGUGGAUGUUGAGAGCCAGAACCCCUGGUGGCAAGAUGAGAGGCUCAGCAUAUCUCACUUCAAGCCACAUGGCAGGCUGCUUUGUGCCGACCCUCCAGGAAGGGAGCACAGCAAAGCUGGGGCUCCAGAUGAGUGCAAGGUGAACCUGUGGGCAGACUCCCCGCUGGUGGAGGCUUCAGGACACACUGGCGAACUGUUCACUCGCUGCCUUGAACUCCUGGGAAAUGUGCUCUGGAAGACGCAUUUCUCAUUUUCUGCUGUUGUUGCCUGCAGGGAUUACCUGGCACAGGUGACAGAGGAAGUGGAGGGAGAGCUAUACCAGAGUUUUCCAAGCAUGCUGUCCCACCUUGCUUACCUCUUGACCCUCCCCCUGGCUACCCACCAGGACCAGGGGGACCUUCGAAGAUCCUCGCUGUUCCCACUGGUCAAGAAGGGGCUGCAGGAGGAGCUGGCUGAGGGCGGGGAGGCUGCUCGGGAGAAGCACAAGAUAAUCUGCUGGUAGUCUUGAAGAGGAGCACAAGAUGACCAAGAUGGGCUGGCUAACAAUACUGUAGUUGUGGAUGCAGCUCAUGAUGAUCCCACAUCCGCCUGUCAACACUUGGUGGCACUUCUGUUGCUGCCAGUUAUCUGCUUCUGAACUUCAUUGUCCCGGUCCUGCUGAGAGGAAAGGAAUCACCAUCCAAGCACAUUGACAGAUCUGGGUUUUCUUUACAAGUACAUUUUUUUUUCUUUUUAUGUAAGAGAGGAACUGGUCAAGGGGAACAAAAAGCAAGAAAAGAAGGCCCACUGAGGUGCCAGCUUCUUGCACACAGGCAACUUGCUCAAGCCAGACUAGUUCAGUGUCACACAAAUAUCCAAGGAAUGAAGAGAAAGAAAGAAGGAAAUUUAACAAUAUUUAUAGCACAAGCUCAUGAUUGGUUACACACUCUGAGGUGCAAACCAUUCAUGCAUGAAAGGGAAAUCACCACAAGUCACAGCAAAUGAUCAUCACUGACCUACACAAAUCCCACACUCUCAGGGAAGCCUAAGGAAACCAAGAUGGCAGUAUAACAUAGUCCAAUAACAAGGUGUUGGAGGAACCUGGAGUGCACCCACUGAGUUUUUAUUUAUUACUUUAAGGUAAAUCACCUAACUGGCAUUUGAGGAACCUGACCAACUGCUGUACAUGCAUUACACUUCGCAUGCAAGGUGCUGAGAGAGAGAGAGAGAGAGAGAGAGAGAGAGAGAGAGAGAGAGAGAGAGAGAGAGAGAGAGAGAGAGUCUUAAAUUUAUAUAUCAACAUUAAAUCACAUACAUUAAAAGUUGCAAAUUUGCUGCAAAUACAUUUCCUUUAUGGACAUGUCUGAUGACUAUCUUUAAAAAAAUAAUAGGCAAAUUAUGGCAGUAUAAUUUUGAAUAUACAGAAAUGCUGAAGAUUCAGUCCAACUAAAUGAAUUCUGGCAAGAAGGAUUCAACAUGUACUUUAUAAUUGUGCAGCUUUUCCAGCCCACUCACCUCACCCUGCUUGUGUAGCCAGCCAGCAUGGUGCAGCCUCCUCCCUCACCCUGCACAUACCACUGCACCUCACAGUUACUGGAUGCCAUGCUGGCAGCAGCACUACCUUUCCUGUCCUUCCUGUCACUAAAUUACUUCUGUGAAAAAUAAUCUCAAGAACAAAGGUGAAGGACACAAAGAAACACUGAACACACAACCUUGCAGUGAAUAAUGAAAGAUGUGGAGGAUGUGCUGAUGAUGAACUGGCUGGAUGUUCCACACACAGUGACAGGAUGACACCACCUUGCAGUGCACCAGGCAUGUCCCUGUGUACAAACCUUCCUCAGCCACACUGUAAUUGUGCACCAUCACCAAGAACCAAGUCCUUCAGUAUCAUGAGGUGUUAGCCCAAUACAACUGUCAAAAGAAAGGAAGAAAUAACUUAUAUGCUCAUGAGGUCAAUGGUUUCCCUUCAGUGAUCUAUGCUGAUGAUGCAACGCCUCAUUUGCACAUGCUUUCUUUGUAAUCUGAAGUGAUUUAGUCAUUAUCCACUAAGAUUGACAUAUAAGACUUCAUCAUGGCUCCUGGCAGCAACAAAUGAUGACACUGAUCCUCUGAAGGAAAACUUUACCAAGAAAUUAUCAUACUUGUAAUGUAGUCAGGAAAUUAUUUUUGAAAACCUCAACAAGAAUUACAAAACCACUCACCCGCAUCCACACGAUUGAGUGACACAACUUCGGAUUUCAUUGCACUUAAGCCAUCCACAUGUUGAGGAGUCACCAGUGUUGUGUCAGAUAUUUGUAUUAUACAGACUAACACUCCUUGACAUUCUAUUCUUGACUUAUUCUGUUGGUAAGAUCCCUGUGACAAAGGCCAAGUGAGUGCACAGGGCCGACUCUCUCUUCAAUAUAAAUGCAAAUGACAAUACCGAAAAUACCUUAACCUAUUCACUACUAUUUGACACAUCUUUCCUUAACCACUAACCACUCUGAGACAUUUCUACUUAUUCUACAGCCACUUCCAAACAUUAUAUUGGCUACAAACUGCAAAACUUAUUCAUCUAAUCCUUUUCUUUCUUGUAGAUGCCCAUAAUGAUUUCACACAUUGUUUUUAGUGUCGAGAAUUGUUGCAUAUCACAGGAAAGAGUUAAACUGUGAACCUUGAGUAGCUUGGCGUAGUUAUCAUCACUGAAUGAAAUGAAGCCCAAUAUUAUUAAGUAGAAUUUAUUGAUGUUCCAUGAAAAGUGGGGUAAUCAUGUGACACUGACCAACAGGAAUGCUGGAAAUCACUCAGUAAUUAAUGGACACCAGUGAUACUCAAUAUUAUAUGAACCACAUGAAGUAAGAGUGGCGUAAUGAAGAGAGGAGGGACAGGUGGGAAGGAAAAGAUGAAGAGGCACAAUGGAAGGGGAGGCGAGAGAGAGAGAGAGAGAGAGAGAGAGAGAGAGAGAGAGAGAGAGAGAGAGAGAGAGAGAGAGAGAGAGAGAGAGAGAGAGAGAGAGAGAGAGAGAGAGAGAGAGAGAGAGAGAGAGAGAGAGAGAGAGA